CUUUCCCUUGAUGUUCCACGGUUCCUCAUUCAAAGAAUACUCUCAGGAGUUUACUAUAUUAUAUUUUAACUCCUCCUCUACAUUCUACAUACGUUCAGACUUCCUUUAGACACAAACAUAAAUGUUGCAACAGCCUGCUGCACUCUAUCAGUCCACAUAUCCAGCUGGAAAAAAACAACACUUGAAUGAAACACACAGUGUUGCAUGUAAAACAACGACAUUCAGCAGAGGAAGUCUGACAAAGCUCCACCCCUCAUAUGACUCAUUUGAAACAAACCAGGAAACAGUUUAUUAUUCGUCCUCACUAAAGAGAGACACACAGACUGAAAACCAGACGAUCAGAUUCAUCUUCAGAACAAACUAACAACUUCAUCUGAGUGAGUUCAGCUACAGGAGAGAAAAGAGGAAAACUACAACACUGCUGCUUCAACCUGCUGACACUCCACACACUGAACCUUCACUCAGAGACAAAAUGGCUUCCAGAUCAGAGGAGGAUCUCUGCUGUCCGGUCUGUCAUGAAGUCUUUAGAGAUCCUGUUGUUCUGUCAUGUAGCCACAGCUUCUGUAAAGACUGUCUGAAGAGCUGGUGGAGAGAGAAACCAACACAGGAGUGUCCAGUUUGUAACAGAAUAUCUUCAAAGAAAAACCCACCUCGUAACCUGGUGUUAAAGAACCUGUGUGAGAGUUUCUUACAGGAGAGAGAUCAGAGAGCUUCAGAGGCUCUCUGCAGUCUGCACUCUGAGAAACUCAAACUCUUCUGUCUGGACCAUCAGCAGCCAGUGUGUGUCGUCUGCAGAGAUUCAGAGAAACACACCAACCACAGAUUCAGACCCAUCGAUGAAGCUGCUCAACAACACAAGAAGAAACUUCAGGAAACUCUGGAGCCCUUAAAGGAGAAGUUAAAGGUUUGUGAACAAGUUAAAGUGAAGUUUGAUCAAACAGCAGAACACAUGAAGGUCCAGGCCCGACGCACAGAGAGGCAGAUUCAGGAUCAGUUUAAGAAGCUCCACCAGUUUCUAGAGGAGGAAGAGGAGGCCAGGAUGGCUGCACUGAGGGAGGAAGAGGAGCAGAAGAGUCAGAUGAUGAAGGAGAAGAUGGAGGCUCUGAGCAGAGAGAUAGCAGCUCUUUCAGACACAGUCAGAGCCACAGAGGACGAGCUGAGAGCUGAAGACGUCUCAUUCCUCAACAACUACAAGGCUGCAGUGGAAAGAGUCCAGCAGCGCCCCCUGCUGGAGGAUCCACAGCUGCUCUCAGGAGCUCUGAUAGACGAGGCCAAACACCUGGGCAACCUGACCUUCAACAUCUGGAACAAGAUGAAGGACAUGGUCUCCUACACUCCUCUGGUUCUGGACCCAAACACUGCUGAUCCAAACCUCAUCCUGUCUGAAGGUCUGACCAGUGUGAGAGGAGGAGAGAGACAGCAGCUUCCUGAUAAUCCAGAGAGGUUUGAUUAUUACUGGUCUGUUCUGGGCUCUGAGGGCUUUAACUCAGGGACUCACAGCUGGGAUGUUGAUGUUGGAGACAGUAUAUACUGGGAACUGGGUGUGUUAGCAGAGUCUGUCCAGAGGAAGGGAGACAUACAGUCUGGAUUAUGGAGAAUAUGGUUCUAUGAAGGUAAAUACUCAGCACAGUCACCACCAGGUCCAGUCACUGAUCUCAAAGUGCAGAAGAAGCUCCAGAGGAUCAGAGUGAAUCUGGACUGGAACAGAGGAAAGCUGUCGUUCUCUGAUCCUGAUACUAACACACACAUACACACCUUCACACACACUUUCACUGAGAGGAUGUUUCCAAUCAUUACCACUCUUGAUAAACUGAAGAUAUUACCGAUGAAGAUCAGUGUGACAGUGGAACAGAGCAGUUAGAGAUAAAGAGGAUGAUUAUUAUCAUUAUGUUUAUGUUUUAAAGCCUUAAAGGGUUAUUAUUGUUUUCAUUCUCUUUUUGUUUUUUAUAUUGACAAUCAGCUUUUUAUUUCUAUUGUCUACCUUUUAAUACGUAACAAUAUAUCACUUAGUUUCUCAUGUUUUGGUUUGUUUAGCCGUUCUCGUCCUCGACAGCCGAGGUCAGAGACUUUAUGUUGUUUUAUUGUUUUCAUGUUGUUCGUCCGGUUCCAUUCUCAUGAAUGUGAAAUAUCAGAAACUUCCAUUCAUUGGUUUAAGAAAAAAAAACAGCAUGGCUUUGAAUUGCUUUUCAGACAAUCAUAAUCAUAACCGCUGCUCUUAUUCUUCAAGAAACACCUUUUUUACUCUAGUUUGAUAAAUUCUGACUUGCUUUCAGCUUGGGGUUAAUUAUGAGUAUGAUGAUAUACUUUAACGUUUAAUUCCAUAACCCUUUAGAGUUUAAAAUUCAUGAAGGCAAACAGUU